AUGACGGAUCACAUAGUCCGCCAAAGGCAUGGCAUACAAAUUAUGGAACCCCCUGACUCCAUACAAAGUACACAAAUCUUAGACGAAAAAAAGACUUUAGGGCAAACUAGAAAAUAUACAAAAAAAGAGAUUGUUUCGAACAGUGCCUUGGCUAUCCUCACGCUCUUAUCAUUCAUAACCCGCUUUUGGAAGAUAGAUCACCCGCAUCAAGUCGUGUUUGACGAAGUCCAUUUUGGUAAAUUCGCGAGCUAUUAUAUAAAACGAACCUAUUUUUUUGAUGUACAUCCUCCACUUGCAAAACUCAUGCUCGCGGCAGUGGGCUGGUUACUGGGAUAUGAUGGUCAUUUUGAAUUUGAUAAUAUCGGAGACGAUUAUAUAACGAAUGAUGCUCCAUAUAUUGGACUUAGAUCAUUGCCCGCUAUGCUAGGCGCACUCCUUGUCCCUUUAACCUACAUGAUCAUGAUUGAAUCCGGGUAUCCAGUAAUAACUGCAAUUCUGGCUGCCGGCUUUGUGCUAUUCGGUAGAGAAUUUUCGAACGAAUGGUGGUUUUGGAUGAUCGCAUCCGGAGUAACCCUUGGUUUAACAUUAAGUGUGAAAUUGGUUGGUCUAUUUACCGUCCUCACCAUUGGAAUGGCAGUUAUAGUUGACUUGUGGAAUUUGUUGGAUAUAAAACGUGGACUAACAAUAGAUCAUUUCAAAAAGCAUUUCUAUGCGCGUGCUGUUGGUUUAAUCAUUGUACCAAUUUCAGUUUAUUUGUUUUGGUUUUACAUUCAUUUUGCCAUAUUGACUACAAGCGGUCCUGGUGACUCGUUUAUGAGUCCGGCGUUCCAAGAAACGUUACAAGGAAAUGUGAUGUCACUUGAAAGCCUUGAAAUAAGAUUUAAUGACACGAUUACCUUAAAGCACAAAAGUACUUCAGUCUUUUUACAUUCUCAUCUUCAACGCUAUCCACUUCGAUAUGACGAUGGGCGUAUUAGUAGUCAAGGGCAGCAAGUUACUGGUUAUAAAUAUGAGGAUACCAACAAUCAUUGGCGAAUUAAACCUGCAACGAUUUUUAUGGAUUCUUCGAGACCGGAAGAUGAUUUUGUAAAACAUGGGGAUUAUAUAUUACUUGAACACGUUAAUACAGAGUCGUAUCUCCUCACUCAUGAUGUAGCCUCGCCUUUGAUGCCAACCAAUCAAGAAUUUACGACCAUGCCAGGAGAUGAUGAUUCCCGUUAUAAUGAGACUGUUUUUCAGGUUUUAAUAGAUGAUGGUGAUUCAGACACAAUAUGGAAAACGAAAUCUAGCUAUAUGCGGUUACUCCAUUUUGAUACAAAAGUGGCGUUGUGGACGCAUGAUAAGUUGUUGCCGGAGUGGGCCUUUAAACAGCAAGAAAUUAACGGUAAUAAGAACAAUGUAGAUAGGAGUAAUAUAUGGUUUGCGGAUCAAAUUAUUGGAAAAAAUGUAACAAAGCCUUUGGUUCCAGAACCUCCAAAAAGGAGUCUUCCAUUUUUUGCAAAAUUUUUUGAAUUGCAACGUCUUAUGAUAAGUCAUAAUUCAGGAUUAACGAAACCACACCCUUAUUCCUCUACGCCGAUCAAUUGGCCAUUUUUAGUACGAGGUAUUUCUUUUUGGACAUACAACGAUGAGAGGCAACAGAUAUAUUUAUUAGGUAAUCCCUUUACCUGGUGGUUAUCUGUUGGUGCUAUGGCUGUUCUGGUUGGCGUUUUAUCCGCAGAUCUUAUCUCUAGGCGACGUGCUAUUCAACCGAUUUCUGAACCUGUUCGUGAUCGUUUAUACAAUUCCGGUCUAUUCUUCUUUAUGGCAUGGUUUAUACACUAUGGACCAUUUUUCUUAAUGGGUCGAUCACUGUUUCUCCAUCAUUAUCUUCCUGCACUAAUCUGCGGUUAUUUUGUGGCAGCAAUAGUUUUUAAUUUUAUGUUUAUAGAUUCUGUAAAUUAUCCAAUUUCAGUAGCUGGACCGGGAAAGGCACCUCGAAUUGUGGCGCGUGCUGCUGUUAAACAUAUAUCAGUAAUCACUUGUAUUAUAUUGUUAACUGUGUCUGCAUGUGUAUUUUAUUAUUUUACACCUCUUACUUAUGGUACACCUGGAGUUGAUCCGGCAGGAAUAAAAAAUAGGAUGUGGCUAGAUAGUUGGGAUUUACAUUUUCAACCAAAAAGACAUGACGCCUGA